AUGUUGAAAAUAUCGAGUUCAAAGUUAUUCCCUUCCAUAAAUAGUUAUUCAGCAUUUCGAUUCAAACCUCUGUCCGCUCCGAAAAACCUAGUCCGUUCGGUUGCUUUGUUUCAAAACACUUGGUCAGGUCCAACUAGAUUGACAUUAUUUCGUUCGGUGAGCAUACAAUCUUCACCACCACCGAAUGUCUCACCUUCAUUACCCUCAAGGCCCAAAUUCUUUUUGCAAAAAGGAAUACCCGAUAUUCUUAAUAUACAAGAGGAAGAAAUUCGAGAGAAUGGAGAAGAGAAGAACAAAAAAUCUUUGCAAGAGAGGGUCAUAACGCUUUCUCAACAAAAUAAAUUGGAAGAAGCAGUUCAAUUGGUUUUGGAAUCUCGGAUCGAUGACCAAUCCGAAGUAAGCUGGAACCAGUUGAUCGCGGAAUGUGUUGACAAAGGCAGAGUGAAAUUGGGGGUUAGAUUGCUGAACGAGAUGAAAAGAUUUUCGUUGCAACCCAGUCAAAACACGUAUACAUUACUACUUAACGGCUUAGCAGAGUAUCGUGCAUUGCCUGAUAACAUACUACACGCUAGAGCCAUAAUCGAUAGUAUAAGGAGAGCGAGUCGAACAAAAUCGACAUUCAAGUUGACAGUGGGUCACGCAAAUGCACUUCUAAAAGUUUGUUUUCGCACGAACGAAUUUCAAGCACUAUUGAAUAAUUAUGACGCGCUCUUUUAUCAAGGAGGGACUGCGCUAAUUCCAAACAAGGAAACAUACACCAUCGUCUUAUCGGCUUGCGCGAAAAAUUGCAGGAAAUAUUCAGAUCAGGCAUAUGAGUUGGCAAUGAGCAUUUGGGAGUCAGUCUAUGAGAAAGCGAUGACUUCGGUUAGAAAGCCCGCGAGGAGAGCUGCGGAACAGGAGGACGCAAUUGAUGAUGAUUUGGUGUGUUCGGUUCUUCUCACUUUCAGGAACUCUGGAGAGAUCGAGAAAGGAUUCGAGGUUAUCAAAGAUAUCUACGGGAUUGGAGAUGAUAUAGUUAGAACUCGUCCAUAUAAUAUACAGAUGACAUCUAAGUCGUUAGAUAUUAUGAUAGGCUUAUGUUUUAAAUCUCAGCAAUAUAAAUUAGGCAUUAAGCUAUUUAAUGAAGCUAAAGUGAGGUUUCCAGAUCUCCGACCGGACAUCCAAAACUUUAACAGCUUAAUAUCACUUUACAACGAAUCCGGACAAUGUGACGAAGCGAUCGGCAUCUUUAAACAAGUGCUUGACUUAGAACUUCAACCUAUCGACAUGACAUUUGAUUUACUCAUGAUAUCUUGUAAAAAUGCAAAAAACUUAGAUGCAGUGAAGGAGAUCUUUGGCAUCAUAAUUAAGCACAAAGUCAUUCCUAAGACAACGGCACUUACGAAGAUUCUCGAGAUGACCAUGGAGUCGGAUCCGGAUGUCUUGACAAGAGAAGUUCGUUGGAUUUUAAAUAAAAUUGAUCAAAUUGGGCUCAAGGAUCCGUUAUCACUCGUUAAAACUGCCACAAUGCGUGGUAUUUCGAAACUUCCGUUUGAGAUUGACGACGUCGUUUUUUUGCGAACAAUUAUAAAUGCAUACGGAGUAGCUCUGGACAAAUCAGGUGGAAAACUACCUGACCAUACCGAAGAACGCUGGAAGAAUAAUUUAAAGUUUUAUAAAAAUAGACUUUGGGAUUUAAAUCAAAAACAGGCGCAGAUAGAACAAUUUAGAAUGCAAAAAGAGAGGAUGAGAUCGCUUAAGAAUGGAUCGGAAUAUAAACAUCAAGAUGUAAAAUAUACACACCAACAAACAGAAUAUGAAAGUGGGCAUAACCGAAAGGAGGAUGUGAAAUCACGGUCGCUGAGUUCUGUCGAAAAAAAGGGGAAAAAUUGGUUGGAUGACGAUGAAACCAUAAUUAUAGAUGACUCGAGAGAUAGAGAAAUAUCCAAGUUGUCGACAAGACGCGGAGGUUUUAGUGAUGAUAACGAUUACCGCGUUAAAGGAUCAGAUGAUUCUCGGAGGCCCACAUUUUCUCGUAAUUAUGACAAUUAUCGCGGUCUUGGAUCAUUUGGUUCUCAGAGACUCGGAUCCUCUCGUGAUGAUCGGUUCGAAGAUGAAAAACGAAUGAAUCAGAAGCAGUUUUUUAAAGACGAAGAUUUUUCAUCACGUUCAAGUAAUCGUCAUGUCUCAUUGACACGGGAUUCAAGAGGUGGGUUUAGGGAUGAGAGGGUUAGAGAGCCAUUACAGAGCCCAGGUGCAAGAUUAUCGAGGGAAUAUCGUGGGAUUCCAGUAGUAAACCCAAGAGACGGGUUCAAAAAUGAACGAAGAUUUGAAACGUCAUAUCGCAGGCCGCGAGAUAAUAACCUUCGAAUAUCGGCGGAAGAUUGUUCCGAUCAUAAUCCGAAUGAUGAAGAAAGGGAUGAAAUUCGAGAGUCAAGAAAUCGAAGAGAUUCGAGGGAAUUCGAUCGAGGUGUCUCGGUUUCACGCGUAAUAAUAAUUGAGAUAGGAAGAAAGGUAAAGAGAAUGGAAAAGCAGAAUGAGAAAGAAUAUUUCGGCACACAGGAAAGUUUUAUGAGUGUCGAUGGAACGGUACCUUCCGUGACAACGGAAACCACUGAAGAAGGGAACAAUGAAAACCCUGAAGGAGAGUCAAUGAUUACAAAACCACCUCCAAAAAAACGGAAACGCAACAUGAAACCGAAAGCUGAAGAUUCCGAAUCAAAAAAACCCAAGAAUAAAACGGGACCCCCAAAACCGCGAGCACCAAAAAAGCAAUCCAAGGAACAGGAACCAUCCGAAUCCAACUCUCUCGUUUCAACCGCUGAAUUUGCAACCUCCACCAACACAGGACCUUGGAAACACGAAGACGAUCAGUUAUUAAUUGACCUGGUUCUAUCACACUUGAUGGAAGUCCCGUGGGCCAAACUCGCAAAAAACCACUUUCCAUUAAGGUCAAGGCAAGGAUUAGUUGGUCGAUGGAGUUCUCUCAAGAAGAAGAUUCGAAACAUAAAUUUUGAUGGGGAAGUUGCUGAUAUGGAUGAGACGAAAAAUAAGUAG